CCGAAUGUAUUCAUUUGCACGACACUGUUUCCAAUUUUAUGACGAAGCAAUUGCAAAAAGAGAGUCACCGCCCCUUGGCUGGGCAAGGAGCAGUUGGUGAACCUGCUGCCUCCAAAGCCUCUUCCCUGGCGUGGAAGCGGCCAGCAACUCACGAUGCUCCGGACCUGUCGAGGGCUCUGCUCCCAAGUCGGCCCCUCUGCCGGAGGCUGGCAGCCCCUGUGCUUUGAUGGGGGUGCCUUCCACCUCAAGGGCACAGGAGAACUGACACGGGCUUUGCUGGUGCUACGGCUGUGUGCUUGGCCCCCUCUGGUCACCCAUGGGCUGGCGCUCCAGGCCUGGUCUCAGCGACUCCUGGGCUCCCGACUCUCACGAGUAUUUCUCCGAGCAUCCAUCUACGGGCAGUUUGUGGCUGGUGAGACAUCAGAGGAGGUGAGGGGCUGUGUCCAGCAGCUCCAGACUCUAGGCCUCCGGCCUCUGUUGGCAGUGCCCACUGAGGAGGAACCGGACUCGGCUGCCAAGACUGGUGAGGCCUGGUACGAGGGGAACCUUAGAGCCAUGCUGCGCUGUGUGGACCUGUCGCGAGGCCUCCUGGAGACCCCGGGCCUGGCGGGGAACAGCCUCAUGCAGCUGAAGGUGACAGCACUGACCAGCACUCGGCUCUGUAAGGAGCUCUCCUUGUGGGUCACAAGGCCUGGGGCCUCCUUGGAACUGAGCCCCGAGAGGCUGGCAGAAGCCAUGGACUCUGGGCAGAAUCUCCAGGUCUCGUGCCUCAACGCUGAACAGAACCAGCACCUCCAGGCCUCCCUAAACCGCUUGCACCGGGUGGCACAGCAUGCCCGGGCUCAGCAUGUCAGGAUCCUGGUGGAUGCUGAGUAUACCUUGCUGAAUCCUGCACUCUCUCUGCUGGUGGCUGCCCUAGCUACGCGCUGGAACAGCCCAGGAGACGGGGGGCCCUGGGUGUGGAACACGUACCAGGCCUAUCUGAAGGAUACAUACGAGCGGCUGGGACGCGAGGCUGAGGCCGCGCACAGGGCUGGCCUGGCCUUCGGUGUCAAAUUGGUAAGAGGCGCAUAUCUGGACAAGGAGAGAACGAUGGCCCAGCUCCAAGGGACUGAAGAUCCCACUCAGCCCAACUACGAGGCCACCAGUCAGAGUUACAGCCGCUGCCUGGAGCUGAUGCUGGCCCACGUGUCCCACCACGGCCCCAUGUGUCACCUCAUGGUGGCUUCCCACAAUGAGGAAUCUGUUCACCAGGCGACCAAGCGCAUGUGGGAGCUGGGCAUCCCUCCGGAUGGGCCUGUCUGCUUUGGACAACUUCUGGGCAUGUGUGACCACGUCUCCCUGGCACUGGGCCAGGCAGGCUACGCAGUGUAUAAGUCCAUCCCCUAUGGCCCCCUGGAGGAGGUGAUCCCCUACCUGAUCCGGAGGGCCCAGGAGAACCGCAGUGUGCUUCAGGGUGCCCGCAGGGAAAAGGAGCUGCUCAGCCAAGAACUGCGGCGGAGGCUGCUGAGGGGAGGCCUAAGGGUACCCCAUUAGCACCCCUGGGAGUCAUGUGGUCAAUAAAGGUCUUAAGCUACUGCC